AAUGACGUCACGGAUAGACUGUUCGAGCAUAGACAUGAUGGAACUGGCGGGGACUUGACCUUCUUCCCAGAAUGCCUUAGCAAAUACGCUGCAACGUUCGAUUAGCCUCAUUUUGAGGCUUCCCUUGCGUGUAACACUGGUGUAUUCAGGGAAAUUAAUCGAACGCACCCUAUGUAUACAACGAAGGCAGUUGCGGGAUUUGUUUCUGAGGGCACCCAGGGGACGGAUGCACCAUUGUUUUUUUUUUCAAGGGUUGCACUGGAAACAAAUCGUGUUCCGUCCACUGCAUCACUAAAACAUGAGCAAUUGGUAUUAGCAGCGCUGUAUUGAUUGGUGACUGAUUAUCCCGCUUCACAGGUGGCAAGUUAUUCUUUUUUUUUCUUUCGAGAUCAAAUGGGUUCCGAUGUACCCCACACUGCCCUACUGUUGUGACAUCAUAUAGUCUGACAUGAUUUGAGAAUGUGUAAUUCAGGUUGACAGUCUGCGUUUCUGUAUUCAUGCUUCACUAACUCACUAUUAUUGUGUUUAAUCAUGGUAAGGGCAUAGACAUUCUGGCGAGUUUUAAUCGUGUGAGUGUUGGUUUCACGCUGACGGGAGCUAAGAUAAUCCUACAGCCUCUCUGAUCGCUAGCUCAACGACAUGUACUCCAGUAGCACUGCACGUCGUCACUUUGGGGUUGAUCACUUCGAUGCAAACCUCUCAAGAAAGUCGCAUGAGUUAUGCGUACUUAAUUGCCACGUUGGUAAUAAAAACAUGUUUACCCUUCGGGUUCAAGGCCGAGCAGUACUCUGCCAAGUUGACAAUGAGCCAGUGUUAAUUCAGUGGCAAGUACAUGUACAUGUACACACAGAACGCAACACGCUUGCUUUGUGAGACCACUUACAACUUGAACGCUUGGUUUCUCUUUGAAGAAGUCGAUUUUCAUGGCUCGCGAUUAAAAGAAGAAUAAUACCCUAGCUGUCUGGAUGUAAGGUUCUGGGUAUUCAGUGUACACAAAUAAAGACACACAAUGUAUCUAUAUCAUGAAGAGUGCCCCUCGUGUGAUAUGCAUGGUGUCAGUACCCCUUUAAAUUUCCAUGGCCAGACAAAUGUUUCGAUUUACGUGAACCCUCACCUCACACUGCCCUACUUUAGGCCUAUGCUUGGGUAACGUCCGACGUGAACUUAGUACGCGCACUUGACCUCGAGUGUGCAUGGUCUGCGUAUACUAGAGACUAUAAUGCCGUCACCUCCAGGGACCAAGGGGCAACAUUUUCCGCUGACUCACUUUGUUGUGUAGGUCUGUAAUAGGCCCAUACAUAAUUCCAUCGAGCAUUGUUAUUGGGGCAGCGGCUUCACACGGACGGGAACCUACAGCCAGGCUCCGAUCGCCAGCUCGCGGCGCUCACGGCGGUGGACGUGGCAACUCGAAAGCAGUCAUGGCGACGUCGACGUUGAAAAGCGUGUUCCACGAUCCAGACUACUACACCAAGGCCUUCAAAUCGUAUUCGGCAGUCUCUGAUAAGACGGGCGUGUUUUCGCGCUGGGGGGAUGUGUUCGAAGAAGCCGUGGCCCCCCAAAUCAAUGCAAAGCUGAGCAAGCAUGAAGAGUUGAGAGUGCUGGGAAUCGGUAGUGGAACGGGCGAGUUGGAUUUGCAGAUGCUGACAAAACUGCUGCCGCGCUUCCCGCUCAUCCACAACCGUGUAGUUGAGCCCGCAGAGGACGCCAUGGACAAAUACCAGGCUCUGGUCCAAAGCAGGGCUCAGGAACUGCAAGGUGUUCGAUGGGAUUGGCGACAACAGACGAUCGACCAGUACACGGAGGAGGCGCGCGGGGGUGACUCGACGAAGUUCCAUUUCGUCCACGCGUGCCAAUGUCUUUACUACGCGGCAGAUCUGGAAAGCUCGUUGACGUAUCUGUAUAACUGUGUGGAACCGGGUGGGGUAAUGGUGGUGUCUCUCAUAACAGAAACCUCCGGUAUGUACAGGUUAUGGCAUCACUUUCCAAGUUUCCAAGACGCACUGAUGAAAUACGUCAGCUCCUCCGACAUACGGGGAUAUCUAACCCGUCGGGGCAUCCCGUACACGGAGCACCAUCAGUCCUCGCGAGUCGACGUCACCGAUUGCUUCGACGAGGCUUCAGAGGCCGGCGGUCACGUGCUGGACAUCAUGACCCACGUCGUGAAGCUCAGGGAGACGGCAUCGGCAGAGCUGCUGGCGGAGGUCAUGCAAUCCAUGGCUGGCUGCUCCGAGAAGAGCGGGAACCGGUUCUUCAUAACAAAUAACUGGGAUGCUGCCGUUGUGAACAAGCCAGUCGAGUAAAUCACACAAGGCGCCCACCUUCCUGGAAAAAUUCCUGGAUCCACCCGUGCACAUGAUUGCAUUGUCACGCUCAGUCCAUCCAAACAUGAGCUGAGAAAAUAAGGAACACUGCACCGCAGCGAGAUAGUAACUCGAAUUUUUUUUUGCAAGUGGCCCUUGUACGCUUCCGUAGAGUUAUUAUAUGAAGUUUUGAACAUGAACAUUCAUUUACACUGGCUUUCUAUACAGUGGUGUUUUAUACUUUUAUUGAGGGGCCUGAAAACGUAUUCUUGGAAACGUAUGGACGGCCACAGAGUUUAUUUCAGAGCUUAGUUUGUUAGAACUUUCUUUGUGUUUCAUAGUUGCUCGUUUAAAAACAUAACAUAGAUGAUUAUCUUCAAUCCAUACUUGUAAACUAACACAUUCAUAUUCAGUAGGCCCAUAAUUUUUCGGAUUUUUAAAUAAACUCGGGGUUAAUUUGGCCCCAUGAUGUGCUUGUGUCCGGCAGAACUCGCUAUUAUGCCCAAUAUUCUGAAAAAUAUAUAAAAAAAUAAAGACAGUGUAUUCGCUAGUUCUUGAUAUAUUCUGUUGUACUGUG